AUGCACCAGCUCAUCACGAGAAUCUGGGAACAGGAAGAAUUACCGCAGCAGUGGAAGCUGGGCGUCAUUCACUCAGUCUACAAGAAUGCUCGAACUAUUGUGCUAUUUCAGUCCUCAAUGCCGCCUAUAAGAUCCUGUCCCAGAUCUUGUUCUGCAGACUUGCCCCCCUUGCUACGGAUUUCGUCGGAAGCUACCAAGCUGGAUCCUCCAGAAGUGCCGAGAGCGCCAGAUGCCUACGUAUCACCUCUUUAUCGACUUCAAGGCGGUCCACGAUACCAUAGAUUUGAAACUCACAAGGGUCUGAGGCAAGGGGACGGUCUCUCCUGUCUUCUGUUCAAUAUAGUCUUGGAAGGUGUCAUACGGGGCGCGGGGCUACACAACGACAUCCGUGGCACGAUUCUCUAUCGGUCUCUCCAAUUUCUUGGCUUCGCGGACGACAUAGAACGCGGGGUUGGCAAGACGACAGCGACGGUGUGUGAGACGCACACCCGACUGAAACGUAAAGCAGCAAGAAUUGGACUGAUGAUCAAUGCGACGAAGACGAAAUACCUGCUUGCCGGAGGCUCUGAUCGUGAUAGAGCCCGAGUGGGAAGCAGCGUGUUAGUCGACAGCGACAACCUCGAGGUGGUAGAGGAGUUCUGCUAUCUUGGGACUGUCGUUACUUCGGAUAACGAUGUCAGCAGCUGGGGAAUCGUGCCUACUAUGGCCUUCACCGUCUGCUGA